GGGGCCCGGAUCUGGCUGCGGGGCAGGACCGGGAGCGGGACCCGCCACCCACCGGCUGGAGACCCGCGGCGCUCCCGGCCCUGCGCGGGGCGGCUCCAGUGUCGGCUCCUCCCAGCGCGGCCGCGCCUCCCCCGGCAGAGGCAGAGGCAGGUCCCCUGGCAACCCGCGCCCCGGCCAGCGGGGAAUUAAAGUUUAAUUCCUGGGCGCCCGGCGAGCUGGGGCAGGACGCGAACCGGGCGAGCUGCGGGCUCUGCUCCGGGCCGGGCCGGGCCCAGGGCGAGUGGCUGCUUCCCUGCCCCGGCGCGCUCGGGGGGCUCCGGCUAUUGGAUCUGGUGCCUUGACAGGUGCCCAGGCUCGCCCGAGCUCGCCGCCGGCCCCGGAGAACCUGCUCCCCGGGCCAUGGAGAAGUAUGAAAAAAUUGGCAAGAUCGGCGAAGGCUCCUACGGGGUGGUGUUCAAAUGCCGGAGCCGGGACACCGGCCAGAUCGUGGCGAUUAAGAAGUUCCUAGAAUCGGAAGAUGAUCCAGUGAUAAAGAAAAUCGCCCUGCGAGAGAUCCGGAUGCUAAAGCAACUGAAGCACCCCAACCUGGUCAACCUGCUGGAAGUCUUCAGGAGGAAACGGAAGCUCCACUUGGUCUUUGAAUACUGUGACCACACGGUUCUCCAUGAGCUGGACAAGUACCCGCGGGGGGUCCCAGAGCAUCUCGUGAAGAGCAUAACUUGGCAGACCUUCCAAGCUGUCAACUUUUGCCAUAAACACAAUUGCAUACAUCGGGAUGUGAAGCCAGAAAACAUCCUAAUAACUAAGCAUGCGGUCAUUAAACUUUGUGACUUUGGAUUUGCUCGCAUCCUAACUGGACCUAGUGAUUAUUACACAGACUAUGUGGCUACCAGAUGGUACCGUUCUCCUGAGUUACUUGUAGGAGAUACUCAAUAUGGCCCUCCUGUGGAUGUCUGGGCAAUAGGCUGCGUCUUUGCAGAGUUGUUGUCAGGUGUCCCCUUGUGGCCUGGAAAAUCAGAUGUGGACCAGCUGUACCUAAUCAGGAGAACCUUGGGGGAUCUUAUUCCCAGGCAUCAGCAAGUAUUCAGCACUAAUCAGUUCUUCAGUGGGGUGCAAAUUCCAGAUCCAGAGAACAAGGAGCCACUAGAAUUGAAAUUCCCUAACAUUUCAUAUACUGCGCUAGGACUAAUGAAGGGCUGCCUUCAUAUGGACCCCGCUGAGAGGCUCACAUGUGAACAGUUACUGCAACAUCCAUACUUUGACAGCAUGAGAGAAGCAGAUUUGGGAAGGGAGCAUGAAAAAGCCGCUCGGAAACCAACUCGGACAACUCGAAAGCACGUGCCAGGGUUACAGUACCUGCCUCAGUUAACCAGCAGUAACAUUUUACCAGCUUUGGAUAACAAGAAGUACUAUGGCAACGCAAGAAAAUUAAACUACCAUUUCCCCAACAUCUAACAAGAUGGCAAGUCACUACUAAGAGAGCUAUUUAUUGUUCAAAGUGCAAGCCUUCAGCAAUUUCUAAAAGGAAGACUUAAGGUGAAAAACUAAAUUAAUAUAAAUUUUACAAUAGACACAUAAGUGAUCUCUGAAGUUAGUUUGUGAUGGGUCACCAAUGGAAGGAAACCUCUGCAUAAAGAGCUCAGAGCUGCAUGCUAAUCAGUAUUCUACAUAUAAAGGAGAACACAACUGUUUUGUUUUUGUUUUGUGACUUUAAUAAACCACGUUGAGUGCCUGUAUUCAAGACUUUGCAGUAAAGUCAUAAAGCAUGCCAAAUAAAUUUGUUUCAGAAAGUCC